AGGAAAAAGAAAAACUUGUUUUCCCGGAUAUUUCUUGGCUUGGACAGAGCCAUAGCCGUGAUUAAUUAUUCAGGCUUAGAUGAAUACAACAAACAACAGCUGAAAAACCAAAAAAGCCAACCCACCCCGUGCAGACAUAGAGAGGCUGGCUCCGAUGCGAUUGUAUACACUGUCCAAAAGGCAUUUUGUUUUGGUCUUUGUAGUAUUCUUUAUUUGUUUUGGUCUGACAGUCUUCAUAGGAAUAGCAGGUCCUAAUGUAAUUGAAACUUCUGUAGCAAGAACUGACUUAAAUAACAGCCUGAAGCUGAAGCCAUUUAAUUUAAGUUCGCCACCACUGUCAACUUACAACCAGCAGCUGUGGCUGACCUGUGUGGUUGAGUUGGAUCAGCACGAUGGAUCCCUCAAGAAGAAUGUGACAAUGACAGUCAAAGUCCUGGGAGUGGUGAAGGAUGGAAGCACACCAUACGUUAACAAUCAAGUUCACAAUCGGACGAGAUUACUCAGUUGUGCUCAAAAAUGCAGUGAAAUCAUUGUUGCUCACCUGGGCUACCUGAACUACACUCAGUACAACAUAUUUGUUAGCUUUGAAGAUCUAAACAAGUUAACAUACACUAUCCAGAAUAUUACUUUCACAUGGAAGACCUAUAAUCCAACCUUUUCACAAGUGGAAAUAUGGUUCCGAUUUGUCUUUGUCGUUCUUACUUUCAUGGUCACGUGCCUGUUUGCACAUUCCCUGCGGAAAUUCUCCAUGAGAGACUGGGGUAUUGAACAGAAAUGGAUGUCCAUCCUACUUCCUCUCUUGCUACUUUACAAUGAUCCAUUUUUCCCCCUUUCUUUCCUGGUGAACAGCUGGUUUCCUGGAAUGCUGGAUGAUCUAUUCCAGUCACUGUUUCUGUGUGCACUGUUGUUGUUCUGGCUUUGUGUCUACCAUGGUAUUAGAGUACAGGGGGAAAGGAAGUGCUUAACUUUCUAUCUGCCCAAAUUCUUUAUUGUUGGACUAUUGUGGCUGGCCUCCGUUACACUGGGAAUAUGGCAAACCGUGAAUGAAGUACAUGAUCCUACAUAUCAAUACAGGGUUGACACAGGUAAUUUCCAGGGAAUGAAAAUCUUCUUCCUUGUGGUGGCAGCCACAUACAUUCUGUACCUUUUGUUCCUGAUAGUGAGGGCAUGCUCAGAACUUCGAAACAUGCCUUAUGUUGAUCUCAGGUUAAAAUUCUUGACUGCAUUAACCUUUGUAGUGCUUGUCAUUAGCAUUGUUAUACUCUACCUACGCUUUGGAGCACAAGUUCUACAGGACAACUUUGUUGCUGAGCUGUCAACUCAUUAUCAGAACUCAGCAGAAUUCUUAUCAUUUUAUGGGUUACUGAACUUCUAUCUCUACACGUUAGCCUUUGUGUAUUCCCCCUCGAAGAAUGCACUGUAUGAAUCACAGUUGAAAGACAAUCCUGCUUUUUCUAUGCUGAAUGAUUCAGAUGAUGAUGUGAUUUAUGGGAGUGAUUAUGAAGAGAUGCCCCUUCAGAACGGCCAAGCUAUAAGAGCCAAGUAUAAAGAAGAGUCGGACAGUGAUUGAUUGACUGGUUUCAAUGCAGACAGACUUGUUCAUCUGGAGCUCAGCCAAUUCUGAAGUUUUCCUAGAUAGAAAACUUCUUUGGCUUCCUACAAUCUGCUGUCAUCUGAGCACCAACUCCCAGGAAGGGCAUCCUGCUUCUGUUUCUGUUUACAACGAUAAAACUGAGAAAACAAAUGACGGAAAUGGUUGUGGUGAAAACUGAAGAAACCAAAAGUUUUACAUGUCUUAUAAAAUGUCUGAUAGCCGGAUAUCUGUGAACUAAAAUCUUCGUCUAUUUCCAUUGAACAGUCUCACAGAUUAUGUACUGCAUUUCCAAUUGCUUCCUUGCUGCUCGGUUUUGUUUUUUGGUUUUUUUUCUCUUUAGGAUGAUGUACAGCAUACUGCCAUUCAUCUGUUCCAGUCUGCAUUAGCUGUUUUGUAUACUGUGCACUGUGGUAUGAAGUGCCUCAUUUCAAUUUUCUACCUUAGCAUUUUGAGCUGGAGGCAGGGAAUGAAGUGUUUUGGUUUCUGUUUUAUGGGAGUUUUUUCCAUCAGUGCAAGAAGACAAAAGUUUUCUAUUCUUCCUUCAAAUAAGUGAUACAGACUCAAGGCCAUUUUUAAAAUACAUUUCAGUAAGUUUACCAGAUUUAUAAAUGCAAGAUACGGGAAAAUAGGCAAGUUGUAGUGAGCCAAAAUAGUCUCAGUGGUGCAAAAUUGUGUUUCAUGACAUGCUUUACUGCCACAGCAGAAGUGUCUGUGUUGUUUUUUUUUUUAUACAACCCUUUCAAACAGAAGUAUUUCAGCAACAAAAAAUCUCAGAAGGAAGCCAGUACUGUUUUCUUACUGGUCUUGUAUGCUGGUGGGGAUUGUUACUUGCAGGGAAUAGAGUAUGAAAGUUUUCUAAGGAAUUACAGUUUCAAAUUCCCAAACAUUUCAUUUUUAAGCGUUUUUCUUCCUACAUCAGUUUUGCCAUAAGUUGUAUUAAUAGAUAGUUACUCUACAUGCUAGGAACAGUUAUGGUUGCUCGUGUGUUGAACAUGCCUGAGAGUCAGCUUGUGAGCGUGUUCUGUGCAGAGUUCAGCUCCUUUGUCAUAUCAGUCUCCACCUGUAUGAUGGGAACUUUUACUAGCACAUUUUGUGAUUAUCUGUAUUCCAGUCUGUGCUGGAACAAAGUUAUAUGGGAAUUAAGUAUUCCUUGUACAAUGCUGCUGCUUCUCCGUUUAGAAGUUGGUUUUCUCCUAUGCCAUUGUUUGGUUUUUUAUUUAAGAUGUUUGUUUGUAACUACUUUUGCUUUCAGAUACUUGACCCUUCUAAAAGUAUCUCCUUUUUUAAUUUAGUUGUAACUGAGAUUUACUCUUGUAACAUUUCUCUGCCCUGCUGCUUUAGAAGACUCGAAAGCACUGUUACUCUACUAUGAUAUGGUGCUGGGUUGCACUGGAGAAUUGUGCUCAUCAUUAAAGAAGUUCAAGCAGAAUAGUGCAAUGAAAUCCUGCUAGACUUGCUAAAUCAUACUGCGGAAAAAGGAGAUUUGUUGUGCUUUAAUGCAACAACUGCUCCAGACCGUGCUCAUUGCAGUAACCUCCUGGUGGCUAUUCAAGAUCAUGAAGGGGAGGCUGCACAAGCCAGCAUCUCACUUAGAGAGGACCAAAGGAACUGCUUCAUGUGGUUGCACCCUUGCUGUCAUAGAAUAGUUCAGAUUCAAUCAGUGCUCUGCUAAAGAUGUGUUGUGAGACAUGGUGUAUGUGUGAGAGAGAGGGAAAUCUUUCUAAAAUUAUGAAGAGCUGUGAAAUUUCUGGAGAGUAUCUGAAAUGAAAAGCUUUUUGUGCCAGGGAUUGUUUCUUUGUUAGAAGCCAAAGCACUGUUGUAUGGCUAAAGCAAGGAAAUUGCUGGGGAGGAAGAGCAGGUUCUUCUAAUUGGUAUUAUUUUAGAAGAACAUAUAGGUAAACACUAAAGAAGGAAUUCAAGUUAGUGGUGGUUUUCUUUCCAGUAAACUGUAGUAAAAUGUACCUUCAGCACUUCUUUUUAGACUAUUUUGAAAGGGUAUGGGAGGUGCUCUAUAUGCUAAAAUUGUAGAGUCCACUCUCAUUUUUAUUAUUCUUGAGAUAGCUCUCCCUAUUUGAAUGUGCAGAGUCAGACUUGGCAACCAAUUUGGCAUUGUUUACAUAAGCCACAUCCUUUCAAGUUCCAUUGGAGUAACAAUGGGUACAAGAAGUAGGUUCACAAAAACUGAUAUUUACAGGAUUCUCAUACUCAGAUAUUUUUCCUCUGAUACUGUUUAAUUCUCUCCUAAAUUGUUAUGAAGAGAUAAAAUUAGACCAAUGUGCGAAGUACACUAAUGUUUCUUAUCACAGUCUGAACUGCUUGUUACAGUUAACACUCAAAUAGUGUCAUGCCUUGUGAUUUCGUUAACUAAAAACCAUAUUUUUUAUCUAACUUGAAGAUUAUUUUCAACCCAUUUCUCUUGCUGUUUUGUUUGAAUACACUUCACUACAUCACAUUUGAAGUGGAUAUAGAAAAGCUAAGAAUGGGAAAUGUAUGAGUAAGUAUCUCACUAUGAAAAUAGUGAGAAAAUAAUUUCUGUGGUCAUUUUUAGAGAUUGUAUUUAAGCAAUGUUUGCCAUGCAAAAUAGCUUUGUAUUUUGGAAGUGCUACAGUGUUAUGGUAGCUUGGUUGAAUCACUGUUGCAUCAAAUUCAAUAUACAGUAAGAUGGCAAAAGCAAUGAAGCAGAUGAGUAACUAGUUUUGCUAGUAAGACUCCUCGUAUUUCCAUGAUUGGAGAGCAGAGACAGUAUUUAAAGAAUAUUCCUGUAUGGAUUGUAAACAGCUUGGGAGUAGGUGGCAUAAGUUCACCUCUGAGUAAAGUAUUGAAAUCUAAGGGUCAAACAGAAGAAACCUGUUUAAGAAGCUAGCCUGACCUUCCUUUUAUUACUGCUAAAGUAGUUAUUUCCAUCUUACGAAAUUAUUGUAUUUAGUAAUAAACUACUGCAACUGCACAAAACAAGAAAUGUACACAAGAAGGCCCCACAGCUCACAGUGAUCCUGGCUCUAAAGGAGAUGUCAUCCAUUAGUAACUGCAAAACUUCCAUGUACACAGUGAUUAUAAGGAACUUGUAAGAAAUCAAAAAUUGAGUGCAAGCCAGUCACAGCAGAUACUUUCUGUAGUAUUUACUUUGCCAAUCCAGUUGGUGUUGAAAUUGGUGGAAACUUUCCUAGGACUGGCAAAGAAGAAGCCUAAGGCUUAACACCAGUGAGAAACAGCUCGUGCAUUGGAUCUGUGGUACCAGAACUGUGGAGAACAGUUCCAGCUAGGAAAAACUUCCAUCUGUUGUCUUUCUCUGAGCCAAAUGACUACAUUUUAUCCAUAGUCACCUAAUUUCCCCACCCAUUUCCUUUUGCUUAUGCCAGUAAUAACUUUUGCAUUACUGUAAAACUUUUUUAGGAGUUUGUAAAUAUGUAAAAUGAAAAUAUGGAAAAAUUGUGUACCAAAAUGGUAUAAAAAUGUGUAAGAUAAAUGCUCUGUUUAAUGAGAAGCUGUAAUUAAAUGCUGCUUUGAGAAAGUGUGCAUGAGGACAUGUUAAAUAUUGUGUAUCUGUAAGUUGUGCUAAUAACAGCAAAUUAUCCAUUUAUGUUGUAAAACUUAAUGCUGAUAUGGAAUAUGAAGGAAAACUGAAUAUUUUACUUCAAGGAAGUUUCUUGGAAGACUUUAUGUGCAUAAUCAUUGUUAAAUAUGUUCAUAAUAAAGUUUUAUAUCUUUAUAUUGUA